GCUAAAUAUGAGUUUUGUGUCAAAAAAUUUACUUGAAAAUCUUCCAAUUCCAAAUUCACAUGUUGAACAAAUUAUUGAAAGAUUAGUGAAGGGUGAUAUGAAAUUUGUUGAUUUUAUAGAAUCUUUGAGAGAUAAAUUGACAGCAAGAGAGGCAGAGGUUAGAAGUGAAGGGGUUGGUGAACUCUGCUCUGUCUUUCUAAAUUUGACUAAAACAAAUGGUUCUGCAUUGGAAUUUGGAGAUUAUGAAUAUUUACUUAACUUUUUGCUUUCUAAGGUGGAAGACUCUGCCCACUUGGUAGACGCACUUAUAACGACAAUCUACAUUUUAUUAAUACAGUAUUCUGAUAGCCAGAAAAAACAAAUUCAGACGGAUUUAUUGGAACGUUUGUUAACUCAACUUUUUGAAAAUAAUGGAGUGCAAAGCUACAGUCGGAAAGAUCGACUUCUUCUUUUUGCAAUUUUUGAAUAUAUUUUGAAUUUAACUCUUGAAUCGCUUAUUUUUAGUCAAAAAAGAUUAAUUCUUGCAUUUAUACAUUCAGCACAAGGGGAAAGAGAUCCUCAAGUUCUUCUUGGAGUUUUAAAAAUUCAUCAAAUUUUGACUAUCCAAUUAAAUGAAAAUGAUGACAAUUCAAUUACUUCUUUAAUGCUUAAACAUGCUCUUGAACUUUGUAUGACAUCAAAUGAAUUAUUUGUUUCUUUCUUUUUUCAAUUUAUUGUUGAAAAAUUGGUGGAAAGCGAUGCUGAUGCAGUUGGUGGUGGUGGUGAGGGUGGUGAUUGUGAAUUACUUGACAAACAAUUGGAAAUUUGUGAAUUUUUUGUUUUUGCUUGUGAACGUUUUAAUUCAAUAUCUAAUGCAAUUGAUACAAAUUCUGUUGAUGAUUUGUUGACAGCUUUUCGUUUAAUUUUUAUGAAUCCUUCUCAAAAUUCUAUUUAUUUAACAAAAAGUACAAAAAUUGUUAAACAAAUUAUUUUUGUUUUAAAUAAAGAAUUUACUAAAAAUGGAAUUGAAAAAGUAAAAGAAUUAACUAAACAAAUGGUUAAUUCUACUUUGGAAAAUAUUGAACCUUUUAUUCUUCAAGCAGAAAUGGGAACAAUGGAAAAAAGUUUUUGUCUUUUAGAAUGUUUGGUUGAAGCAAGUUUGGAUUUAUUUGACUCUAUAAUUACUAAAAUAUUUUAUUGGAUAAAUAUUUUAAUUGAAGGUAAAACUCUCAGAGCUAAACAAAAUUGGAUUGAAAUAGCUUGUGAAGCAAUUAAUUUACUUCCUUAUUGGCUAAAUUUAUGUGUUGGUUUUAUCCCUCAAAAUUCAUUUAUUAAUUAUUCUCCUUCGAAAGAAAGAGUUGAGGAAAUUGUUACAAAUUCAAUAAUUCCUUUAAUUUCUGCUAUUUUUUCAUUAGAUUCUGAAGAUAUUCAAAUUUUUAUAGGAAAAUGUAAUUUACUUUCUAUUCUUCUUUUACCAAUUUGCACAGAAUCCUCAAAAGAUUUGCCUUGCUUAAAAUUAUUUGGUAAUUCAUUAUCAACAAAUAAACUUUUUAACAAUUAUUGUUUACAACAUUUUAAUAAUAUUCUUUUAACUUCUGAUUUUUCAAUUUUUGAUAAACAAAAAAAUAAUUUAAUCAAAAAAUUUAUUUCACUUUUUGUUGUUUACAAAAAAAUUAAUUUUGAUAAUUUGGAUUGUUUUAAUAAUUAUGAGAAUUUUAAUAACAAAAUUAUUUUUUUGUCUUCUUUUGUUUAUCCACAAUUGGAGAAAGAAAGGAAAUUAAUUAAAACUUUAAUUAAUUACAAUAAUAUUAAAAAUUAUUUUACAAAAAUUAUUUCAAAUAUUUUUGAACAAAUUAAUUUUGAAGAGAAAAAUUUAAUAAAUAAAUAUUGCUGGGCUAUUGAAGAAAUUUUUGAAAAAUUAAUUGAAAAUAAUUGGGAUGAUUGUUUAGAAGAAGAAUUUUUGGAAGAAAUAAAGAAGGGAAUUUUAAUUUUGGAAAAUAAAGUAAGUUUGGAUAUUUAAAAAUUAAAGAUAAGAUUUUAGAAAAUAAAUUUA